UUCUAGCGUUUUCGCCACCAUCCUCCCGCCGCCGCCGCCGCCGCCGCCGCCGCCAUCCUCUCCGCGCCGCCAUGAAUCCCGUCCCCGCCGCCGACGACGACGGCCACCGCCGCUCGCCUUCACCCGGCGCGCCCGCCCCGGACCCAUACGACGGCGGCAGCGGGUGGGGGAGCGACAAGCAGCCGACGCGCGCGGAGGAGGGCCGCCCCGUCGGGAAGGCCGCCAUGGAACCCUCGCCGUCCACCAUCUCCGACGACGGCGGCGACCAAGAAGACGGCGGCAGCGACGACCUGACGCGCGCCGUGUCCCUGCUGUCGCUCGCGGAGGCGGGGCUCACCCUCACCGCCGGGAAGCCUGGGUCCGCCCCCCGCACCGUAGAUCCGUCGCCGCCGGCCUCCACCGUCUCCUCCCAUGGUCACCAUGGUACCCAGCCGCAUUCCCCGCUCAUCACACCUGCGAGUGGUUCCAUGCGUGGCUCGGAACCAGAUGACGAUGAUCUCGCCGGCGUGAACAAGCGAACGCACGCGAGGUUCCUCGUCACCCACGCCGAGGCCGGGCUCAUCAUCGGGGCGGGCGGGUCCACCAUUGCUGCCAUUGAGGCCCGCUCCGGCGCCCGGGUCAGGCUCUCCCGCCACGACCAGCUCCUCCCCGGCACUGACCGCAGGGUUGUGCUCGUCUACGGCCUCCUCAGCCAGGUCAUGGAGGCCAUGGAGCUACUCCUCCAAAGGCUCCUACUCUACCAGGUUCAGGGUGACCAGGCGUCCGACUCUGAGGCCACGCUAGUGCUGGUGGUGCCUCAGCCCUGCUGCGGCGCGCUGAUUGGUAAAGGAGGAUCUGUUAUCAAGUCAUUCACUGAAGCUUCAGAAACUGCAAUUCAGGUCUCACCACAGAACAGCUCCUAUGGCUUCAACGACAGGCUGGUCACCAUCACAGGGCCCUUGGAUAAUCGAUUGCGAGCAGUAUUUCUGAUAAUAUUCGAGCUGCUAGAGGACAUUCGUUAUUUGUUUCCCUGUGCAGCUGCUAUGCCAAACACUCCAAUGAGAUCACCUGUCAACAAGGAUGCCCAAGAAUCUGUCACUAUUAGUGUUGCUGAUGAGCAUAUGGGUGCUGUUAUUGGUCGUGGUGGAAGGAUUAUCAAUGAGAUCAGCAAGGUUAGCGGAGCAUGGAUCCACAUCUCAGGCAAGGGGGAGUUCAUACCCGGGACCCGCGACAGGGAGGUGACUAUGAGGGGCACAUCAGAGGCGAUCCGCGCAGCCGAGGCGAUUAUCAUGCACUGCGUCUCCGUGGCCAGCGGCAACUUCACGGGGCGGAGGGCGGAGGGCAGAAGUGGCAAGGGUCUGCUUAGCAGGCUGGAUGAGGAGGAUGCUGAUGCAUCGGCUGAAUCUGAGUGAGGAGAGUGUGAUACAGUUGUAGUAGAAUGGUGGUAGGUAGUCAGUGACGGACAGACAGACAGCUCAAACACUGCACAGGAAUCAAUCGAAGCACUAGAGUUUUGCGUCUUUGGUAUAGGUGGUGAUUAAUCAAAUCAAUCGCUAGUUCAAUGGAUCAGUCAGGUAAAUUGAUGGGGAUCAGUGAUGAUGGGAUGGCUAGGUUCUGCUGGUCAAUGCUGCUUGACCAAUUUUGCUUGUUAACAUUACAUUUGGGAUCUUGCCAACCCGUUGGCUGGGCAGCUGAGGUUGCUGCCAGCCCACCCGAGUUCAAGUCCCGGCUUGGACGCGUGGUGCUCGCGGAUUUUCUCCUAUAAAAAAAUGCCAACGAGGGUUAGCCCUUUGGCUGGUCUCAUUUU